AGUCUCAUUAUCCUCUUAGUGUGAUUCUCCAAGUUUCUGACAAUUGAAGCUUGGAUCAAUGCUCUAUAGAGAUUAGAGACUACUCAACAACCAAUCUCUGAAACUAACCAACCACGCACACAACUCACAGACACAGAAAUGUUCGAUCUCAAUGUUGAUGUCGUCUCUGUUGAUUCAACCGGAACGAAGAUCACAGCUGAGAAUCUUCCAGAAGAAGCCAAAGCUCAAGCCGAUGAUUCUGGAACUUCGAUUUCCUCCAUUGUCAACACCGACGAAGACUCGAGCUCCACUCCCAACAAGCCGUCCAACUCUGUCUCUACUCUCAAUUUCGAUGUACUAACCAAAAACAAAGGGAAUCAUGUUACCGAAAUGAAAGACGUGAGCAAUGGGAAUGUGGCUUCGGAGUUUGUUACGAGGCAGCUUUUUCCAGUGGCCGGAGAGUUUGGUUCGGGAUCUUCUUCGCCGACGUCGUUGUUGGAGCCUCAGUGGUUGAAUCUGUCGGUUUUAGAGUCUAAUAAUGGGUCGGAGUUGGGGAUUUUGCAGCAGCAGAAGCAGCAGGUGAAGAAGAGUCGACGGGGACCCAGGUCUCGGAGCUCAGAGUAUCGUGGUGUCACGUUUUAUAGGAGGACCGGUCGAUGGGAAUCGCAUAUCUGGGACUGUGGGAAACAAGUUUAUUUGGGUGGAUUUGAUACUGAUCAGGAUGCAGCUAGAGCAUUCGAUCGGGCUGCGAUUAAGUUUCGGGGUGUUGAGGCCGAUAUCAACUUCAACAUAAGCGAUUAUGAACAAGAUAUGAAGCAGAUGGGAGAUUUGACAAAAGAAGAAUUUGUUCUUAUACUUCGUCGCCGGAGCACUGGAUUCUCCCGUGGAAGCUCAAAAUACAGAGGAGUAACACUGCACAAAUGUGGUCGAUGGGAGGCUCGAAUGGGUCAAUGCCUUGGGAAGAAGGCUUAUGACAAAGCUGCAAUCAAAUGUAAUGGAAGGGAAGCAGUCACCAACUUUGAGCCUAGUACCUAUGGAGGGGAGAUAAGUCUGAAUGGCAAUGGUGGAGGUAGCAAUUGCCAUCUUGAUCUGAACCUCUGGAUUUCUCCCCCUUCGGAUGGUCCAAAGGGGAAUGACAAUGUCAGGAAUUUGGACUGUCACUGUGCAGUUUGUGAAUUGCCUGGUGGAAAAAGACCCAAGGUAUUCUUCAAUCAAGGUUCUGAGUUCUACUUCUGCUUCUACAUGGGGACAAACUCCUCAUGGUCUGGUAUCAAAGCACUCCCGCUCAAGGCCUGCCAUGAAUUCUGGUUUCUCACCAAACUACGAGGAAAUAGUAAUGGGGAAGAGGACUGAAGCCAUUCCUUCACUGGGAUUCUCAAACUGGCCAUGGCAAAUGCAAAGCCACGGCGUUCUCACUCCAGUGCCUCUGUUUUCUGCUGCAGCAUCAUCAGGAUUCUUUCCCAUUACGACUGUCUUGGCAAGUUUCCUUCAACCACCAAACGAACAAAACAAGAGUUUCCACUAACACUACAUUCCGAAGCCCUCCAACAAACUUUCCUAUGCUACAAUCACAGGAGCUGGAACACCAGGAGUGCAGCAACUUUUCUUCAUUGUGUUUGGAGGUCAGUGGGGGCAAGAAAGCCAUCAUUUAGAGUAGUGUAUAGCAGUUCAUUUCUCUUCUUAUCCCUUUGGGUUUCACCCGUCUUUAUAGAUAAAAAGAGAAAUAUACUUAUUGAUUGUACUCAUUUUUUAUUGGUAGAAUUAGUGAAAGGCUGUCAUCUCUUUCUUGGAAUCCCAGUCCUUUGAGAUGUAUGUCAGUUAAUGCAGCCUCUUUUGUUAGAUAAUGGGACUCAUUAGAUUGUGACCAUCCUAUGCGGGACUUUAAUGUUAUCGUUUCUUCAUAUAUGGUUGGCUUAUUUGAAAUUUGGCUUCUCUCGGAC